AUGCCAGGGACGAUCGACCCUCAACAGAUGUGUGGGGAUGUUACAACCGCUGGCACCGUCAGCAAUGAAUGGUAUGCACCGACUUCAUAUGCAUAUGACAACCCUUACAGCACGCCUUUUCCAUCAUCGACCAUAGAGGGCCAACCAUGGCCAGCAUAUGCUAGAGCUUCAAUACCGGACAUCUCCUCAGCACAACACCAACAUGUGUAUGCGGCGCCCAAUACAGUAACGUCGUACAUUCAAUACUCUCCCAAUCUAAAGGACCCUAGUAGACCACGGAGUAGUCCGAGCACCUUUGGCCCAAGCGUGGAGAACAUUGCCUGGCCAGGAACAAGCAGCGGCCUUGGUAUCAACUAUGCCCUUGCAGCUUCCAACGUCCCUACCCCACCAGUGACAUCGACCUUUCCACCCGCAGUUUUCCAGUACCCCAUAGAGGAGCAGCAAUACAGCACAUCCACAGCCAGCCCACCCGAGAUCAGACAUCCUCAGCCAAGGAGAUCAUACCCCAGCAUCGCCCCUGUUCCCUCAAACCUCUCCUCCUCCAGCCUGGCCACCAUCAAACGCUCCCGCAUGGCCGAGGAUGAAGACCAGACAGAAACCAGCAGCGCCAGCGGCAGCAAACGCCGCAAACGCACCUCGUCCGUAGCCUCCGCCGACAUGUCCGAGGAUGACCGGUAUCUCGUACAACUGAAAGAAGACGAAGCUCUACCCUGGAAAGACAUCGCCACCCGCUUCCACACGGACAAAGGCAAGAAUUUCCAAGUUGCCGCCUUACAAAUGCGGUACAAACGGCUACGAGAGAAGUACCGGAUGUGGGAGGAGCAGGACCUCAGUGCGUUGCGGUCGGCGCACGAGUAUUGGGAUAAGUAUAAGUGGGAGAUUAUCAGUGCCAAGAUGCUCGACUUCGGCCUAAACGAACGCUGGCCAGCACGGCACUGUGCGCGCAAAUUCCAGGAACUGGAAAGUGUGGCUAUGGCUCAGCAUGCUACCACCACGGCGGGCUUAACACCAGGGAUGUCGCAGUAUUCGAGUCCAGUCGAUGCGCCAAUGCAAUUUGCUUUCAUGCCUAUUUCUUGA